CUAGCCGAGCCGCAGUGGCCGAGGCACCGAGCGGAAGCACCGCCCCGCGCCGGACGCGGUCGCUAUGGAAACCGGCGCCGCCCGCGAGGGCGCCGAGCAUGGUAACCAUCAGUGACCCCUCACAGAGUGUGAGCAGGGCCGUGCACUGAGCAGGAGAGACCGAGCUGACAAUGGCAAACACAGAAACAGAAGAUCACAGAGCAGCAGUUUCUCCGUCUUCUUUAUCACCCUUGACUGAAGCCGUGGAGGGAUGACAGCCCAGCAGUCCUGAAGGUGCCUUCCGUGGGGACACCGUGAUCCCAAUUGACAAGUGUAUUUCGAGUGACUUACCAAGGGGGUGUAUGUCAUCCCAGGCAAAAGCAGUUAUGAAAAGUACUGAAGAUUAUUUGCAGCCUCAGUUUGGCCCCAACAGACGUGUGCAUCCAGCGGCAGUAUCAGAAGGGUCAGGCUGCCAAGAUUGCUCCACACAUCAAACAGCGUCAGGGCACAGCCAUGAUGAAGUGACGGACCCACAUAGCUGCAAAUCAAACAGUAGAGACAAUUCUUGUUUCAUGUCAGCAUCCAAGAGAAACAGACCUGCCAGUGCUCCGGCGGGUCAACUGAGGUGGAUAUAUUGUGAUUUUAGUUCACCUAAAAUUUUUACUUUAACGUGUUUGCUUUGCUCCUGUGGCCUUGAGAUGAGGAGGGUCGGUCAGAGCUCCCAGAGUUGCAGAGUUCUCUUUAAAAUUUCAGCCGGCCCAGAAUUGCCAUAGAUUAUGUCAAAGACACAAACCUCCACCCAGAGUGAUUAGAGUAACAGCUUACAGAAAUGGAUCUAGAGCAGUCUGUGCCAAAGUUACUGCACCAACCAUCACCUUGUUGCUGGAGAUGUGCACGGAGAAGCUGCAUCUGAACAUGGCCGCAAGACGAGUGUUCUUGGCAGACGGCUCUGAAGCCCUCAGACCUGAAGACAUUCCCCAUGAAGCCGAUGUGUAUGUUUCAACGGGAGAGCCGUUUUUAGAUCCAUUCAAAAAAAUUAAAGACUAUCUGUUGUUAAUGAAGAAAGUAACUUGGACAAUGAAUGGGGUGAUGCUUCCUACUGAUGUCAAAAGACAGAAAACCAAGCCUGUUCUUUCCAUUAGAAUGAAGAAACUUACUGAGAAGACCUCAGUCCGAAUUCUGUUCUUUAAGAAUGGGAUGGGGCAAGAUGGGCAUGAGAUUACAGUGGAAAAGGAAACAAUGAGGAAGGUUUUAGAUACUUGCACAAUGAGAAUGAAUCUCAAUUCACCAGCCAGAUAUCUUUAUGAUUUGUAUGGCAGAAAAAUUAAAGAUGUUUCAAAAGUUCCUCUGCUUGAAAAAUGCCUGCAAAAUUCCAUCACACCUUUGCGGGGGCCCGUUUGGGUCUCUAAGGGAGAAGGUUUCAGCCCCUCAGGAGCUAAGAUGUACCUCCAAGGAGUUCUUUUGGCUUUGUACCAACGAUUAAGGUCUGCACAAAAAUAUUAUAAGCAGUUGAACAUGGCCGUGGAUAAACAGAAAGAGAAAAUUACUGAAAAAGUUAUUCUUUCAAUGACAGCAAAGGGACUACAUCAGACACAAGAAGAGGUGAGCAGGCUGAUUGAUGAAUUGCAGACAGCUAUCAAAAGCAACAGAGGUCAUCUCUCUAAACUUGGCCCCCAAUUACAGGCUGAGCAGGAGCAAUUCUCCUCUUAUGUCUACCAACACAUUAAAAGCCUUCCCACAAACACUCUUCUCCCAGGAGGCCUGCAGCUCAAGAUAUUUGAAAAUGGUAAAGACACUGGAGAGAUCUCUGUUUUUAUCAGCAAAAAAGAUCUGGGGUCUAACAGCCCAGCUCACACCGGCGAUGUGAUGGAAAGAUUACUUCUCAAGAUUCAUCAAAGGCUUCAAGGUUCUUCUAUCAACCCGUCAGGCCUCAAUUUUUCUUCCACCCGGCUUUUUGAUGAGCAUGGUCACGAAAUUAGGAACCCACUUUUGCUGAAGAAUGGGCAAAAACUUUGGGUCUCUCACGGUGAAGCAUACAGAUCUCCACUAAACCCUGUUUUGGGUUUGACCUUUGACCAGGUGGCUGCAUUUGCCAGAGGUGGCAUUACAGUCGCAUAUAAAACCUUCUUGGACCCCAGUGCCGCUCUGCUCCCAGGAUGUGACAAUUGGGAAGUUUGUGAGGGAUUUCCAAUUAAUUUCAGUGGCACUAGUCAACAGAUACCUGAUCAAUUUGAAACGGUGGACUUGGGGAACCAUUUCCUACAGAGCAAGGUGGACCCCAGUAUUAUCCUUCAUGCCUCUGUUUCCGUUGCGAAGCGGAGCUUCUCCGGUACUGCAGCAAGCGGCGGGAGUCAGAUGGUGACAUCCACCCUGUGGCCCACAGCCAGCGUGUGGCUGAUCACAAAGACUGGAAUGAUCCUGAGCCGAGCAGUAACUCAGGGCUGCCUGGCUGUUGGUUGUCCGAUCAGAGUCAAGGCCGCUGACGGAGCGUCGCUAGAUGGACAUAAAUUAAUCCUACAGAAAAGAGAUAAAGGAAAUGAUGCUCAGAAGUGGGUGUUUGGAACUGACGGCUGCAUUUAUUCUAAGGCUUAUCCUCAGUUUGCUCUGACCUACCUAGAGGAGCUAAAUGCACAAGUGGAUGUGACCCAGAUGGAGUCUCACAUUCACCAUGGCGCCCGGACCACAGCUCAUCAGGAACAUGGCAGCAGCUUAGCAGAAGAGGUUCUGCAAAAAAGUGCUGGCGUCCCUGGUCUGAAGCAACUGCCAGAGCCUGCAGACACCGGUUUAAUGCCAGAAGGUUCUCCUGGGGAGACAGGGCGGCUGACAGUGGCAGUGAUGAGGAAGCUGGAGGGGAAGCAUCCUCAGGCGUCCGCUCAGAGGUGGGCCAUAAAACAUGAAGGGACCAAGAAGCCAGGCCAGUGGAAACAUUCUAGAGUUGAAAAUCCUCUGUGGAAUAAGCUCACCUACAUGUGGCCAGUCCUUCCUAGCGGCCAACUCAAUGAGGAGUUUGAUUGGCCAAUAGAAGGACUGCUUGUUCCAAACAGCCCUCCCCUGAAGAAACCUGUUUGUAAGACCCUGGAGCCGUGCGCCCCUGUGAGACUCCGAGUUGUGCGGAAUGGAGACAAGAAUAAAAACAGAGCCCUUACUAUAACCGGUCCAGACAUCUCGCCUGGGCGGAAAACGCAAAAGGUUGACGUCGAAAGGAAGGAGAAUGUGAAAAGCUAUGUCACUAAAUAUUCUGAAACAGAAACACACCAGACUGAAUUUCACCAAUUUUUGGAGAGGUGCACCGAGACCUUACAUUUACCGUCUGCGGCUCGGAGAUUGUUCAAUGAAGAAGGGCAGGAAGUCUUGGCCCUAAAAGACCUUCAGAGAGACCAGCUGGUGUAUGUCUCAUGUGGAGAAGACUGGAUCAAUCCCGACCUGUCCACUGCCCAGCAAAAGAGGCAAAUCCUCCUGAGGAACUUGACGUCCGAUGUUUCUAAAAUGCAAACCUUCUGCAGUACACGUAAGACAGAGACUCUUGUUUUAGAAGUCCAAAGUGACAUUGUGUCCGGAGCCAAGCUUGCUGUGCGUAAACCUGUGGAAAUUUUUGGAGAAGAGAAGCAAAUUAUAGAACCAGAGGAAAAGCAAAUGCAAAAAAAUGCUUUAACAACAGAAAAUGCUUCCAGUGAAAUUUUGGAUGCGCACGCGAGGGCCCAUCUCCGAGGGAAGGCUCGGGGUCCUGUCGUCAGGUACGCCUGGCAGGACACCUCUGGGGACCUGGAGCAGCAUGGCGGGCCUCCGGAGAAAGUGGACGAGCUCUUUGACGAUGCACACCCACAGGACGAGGACAGCCGUUCUCCAAGGCAGAGUAAAUGGCAGAAGCUUUGCCACCAGCAGUUUGAAUACAGAGAUGGGCAAAUUAUAAGCCAUGCCGUUCCUCAGCUAGCACUGGGGGUGCCAGGUCCCGACCUGCGUUCGGGCACGGAGGUGGUUUUGGUGGAGAAAAAAGCAGAUGAUGGUCGUCAACGCUGGAUGCACAAGAAAGGCAGCAGGACCUUCCACCUGGUGAGCGACCCGGAGCUGGUGCUGGCGGUGUCUAUGACUAAGGCUGGGAAUGAAGUCUGUGGCUAUCCAGUUAUUGUUCAGAAGUAUAAGCCAUAUAAGAAUGGGGCUUCCAAUCAGAGGUGGAAGUAUGUGGAAAGUGUGAAAGCUUUCGUGGCCUUUCACAGCACUGCCCUGGACAAGGAAACCACAGCGGCUCAUUACGCGGGUGUCUGCACAGCCUCUGUGAUCAAAGGGGAAAACGUCCAUCAGCCAGGGUACUAUUAUCUCUCACCUGCUGGAAAGAAAGAAACGAUGCUCUGCUUGGCAUGUGGACAAUCCAGAAGAGCAGAGAAAGGACUGAAACUCUUGCUUCCUGGGCUGCCGUUCCUCUGUGCCUCGGGAUCCCAGACCCAGAAGCCCUUCUCGCGAGGGCCUUUCAAGACCAUCACGGUGGCUGAGGCUGAUUUAUCUUCUUACAAGGCUGAGAAAACUCUAGGUUAUUAUGAAGACCGCCUAUCAUCUUUACGGACGAAGACCCGCACGCAAGUUGUAUCUCAUAGUGGUAUGGCAGCUACGCACCAGAAGGCAGUGAAAAUAAUUGCAUACAGAAACGGAGACGGAUAUCGAAAUGGGAAGUUAAUUGUGGCUGGAACAUUCCCCAUGCUUCUUACAGAAUGCACGGAACAGCUUGGUCUUGCCCGAGCAGCCUCCAAAGUGUACACCGAAGAUGGAACCGCGGUCUGCUCCUUGCGUGAUUUGGUUUUAUGGGCUCUAGGCGAAUCUUUUAUCCAGAGAGACUCUGAGGGACGAAAGAAAGAGGCAGCCCCUGUCGGAACAGAAGAGACAACAGUUAAAAGUAUGAAAGAAAACCCAAGAAUGCAAGUGAAAACCAAACUAUUUCCCCAGUCUGUGCCGACCGACAGCUUAGAUGAUGUAGACAGGUCUCGCCUCGCUUUUGUCCUUAGAAAUCCUAUUGCCGUCUGGAUAUCUUGUGGGGAACCAUUUCUAUCUCCGAAUGCUUUGCAGAAAGCAGAAAAAUUAGAAAAACAGAACUGGCUAAAAAAGGACAAAAUUUUGGCUGAUCUAGACACCAUGAAACACAAAAUGAGACAGUUAAGAGGGCGGCGAGUAGCAGUGCGUCAGCCGGCCACCAUGGCUCCCAACAAAAGCCCUGUGCAGCCGGUGCUGGUGGAAGGAAGCUGGGCUGAGAAGACUCGAGAGGAAAUUAAACUCAUGGACCUUAUAAGACAUACAGAGGCUCACCUUUCUGAAGUCCAGGAACAGCAACACAAGAGGAAUUCUCCAAUUGCAGCUGCACGCACAGCACUCGGGCAGAGCAGCCUGUAUAAGCAACCCAAUGCCAAAAGGGUGUGGAUCUAUCGAAACGGGGGCAGACCUGCAGACGGCGCUUACGCCUGGGGCAGAACUAUUUCAGAGCUGCUGGAUGACUGCUCCUCUCGCCUCGGAAUGGCCCAGCCAACCAGAGCACUGUACACCCCAGGCGGAAAGCCCCUUCACUCGUGGGACGACAUAGAGCGAGAUAUGGUCGUCUGUGUGUCCACAGGACACAGCUUUACAACCCAAGAAGAGCUAAAGCAACUGUUGGAGGUCAGAGCAAAUUACGCCAGGAUCCGACGGCAGCAGGGCCCUCAAGCCACAGACAUCGUGGUGUUGCCAUCCUCAAAGCUGCGGUCUCUGCUUCCCUUCAGUCUGCCCUGUGGCGACAGUCCAGGACGUUUAUGGGGCUGACUAGAUGUUGUUCACAGAGUGAAGCUGGAUACUUCCUGACGUAAACUCAGCCAUCAAAAGUAACAGACUGUGUCCUCAAGACAGACGCUUGGGGAAAGGAUAUAGGCGCUCUUUAAAAGAAAAGUCAGGAAAGAAAACUUUCUUCACCUACUUGUAAACAGAAGAUGUGACAGAAAGGCCAAUUAUUUAGAUUGUGGAAGAUUCUGAAUUUAGGAAAAUCUGCUUCUAUAAAAAAAAGUCUGUGUAGUUUAUUUAAAACUUUAGUCCUAAAAUUUAUCUUUCACGAUAACUGGAUCUUUCAUGGGUGAGUUUGAGGAAUGAUCAACAGUGAUAAGUCAGCUACGAAUCAUCCAUAAAUUCAUAACAAGACACAGCACAACCGAGGGCAGUGUCAGAGCAUCUCGCUUCCGUCAGCUGUUCAGGAAGCGCAGCCCUCAGAGUCAGAGCAAAUCGAGCUACAACUGGACAGUCCUUUCCACCUUUCAGAGGCGAGAAACACUUCUCAAAAUUGUGCAAAUGAAAUAAAUGUCAUGCUCCAAACUAGGCAUCUCAUAGUCUUAAAAUGUAUUUUUGAUGAUUACACAUUUUGGUUUCAAAUGCCAAGUUAGAAGAAACAUCCAAAAAUUAUGUGAAAUUACUUAUAAAUGAAUUGACAACAUUCAAAACGUCAAAAGACGAUUGUAAAGGAGUUUUCAAACUGUUUGGUUCACAUACUUCUUUGAGAGUCUUUUGAAAAGCCGUAAACUUACAAAAUGCAUAUACAAAACAACAGUUUUUUCGUACCAUUUCAUGGGGUUCACAGACCUAGAUGAAAAACAUCAUGUACUUCCAAGUAAAGAACUCCUGAAAUGAGAGAAGGUAUUCCUGAUUUCCAUGACCUCUGAGGUUUGGGGGACGAGGGAUCCAUACCUCUCAAUGGAAGGCUUCAAAAUACCCCUCAGAUGAAGCAGAUUCUGACUUUCACUGUGGUACUGUGUUAUCUCACCAUAU